AUGGUGAAGGUCAGAGUCAACGGAUUUGACUGUAUUGGACGCCUGGUGACCAGGGCAGCAUUCAACUGCAGUGGAGUAGAAGUUGUGGCCAUCAAUGACCCCUUCACUGACCUCAACUACAUGUUUUACAUGUUCCAAUAUGAUUCCACCCAUACAAGGGAGCAGGAUCCCGCCAACAUUAAAGGGGGAGAUGCUGGAGCUGAGUACAUUGUGGAGUCCACUGGUGUCUUAACUACCAUGGAAAAGGCCAGCGCUAUUGGAAGGGUGGAGCCAAGCAGGUCAUUAUCUCUGCCCCUUCUGCUGAUGGUGAAUCAUGAGAAAUACGAUAAUUUCCUCAAGAUCAUCAGUAAUGCCUCCUGCACUAACAACUGCUUGGCCCCCUUGGCCAAGAUCAUUUAUGACAACUUCGGCAUUGUGGAAGGACUCAAGACCACAGUCCAUGCCAUUACCGCUACCCGGAAGACAGUAGAUGGCCCCUCUGGCAAGCUGCGGCGUGAUGGGCGUGGUGUUGUCCAGGAUUUCAUCCCUGCUUCCACUGGUGCUGCGAAGGCUGUGGGCAAGGUCAUACCUGAGCCGAAUGGGAAGCUUACAGGCCCGGCCUUCCAUGUUCCUACUUCCAAUGUGUCUGUGGUGGAUCUGACUUGCCACCUGGAGAAAGCUGCCAAAUACGAUGACAUUAAGAAGGUAGUGAAGCAAGCUGCAGAGGGAUCCUCGAAGGGCAUCUUGGGCUACACAGAGGACCAGGUUGCAUCCUGUGACUUUAACAGUGACACCCAUUCUUCUACCUUCAAUGCUGGAGCUGGCAUUGCCCUCAAUGACUAUUUUGCCAAGUUCAUUUCUUGGUAUGACAAUGAGUACGGUUACAGCCACCGUGUAGGAGACCUCAUGAUGUACAUGGCCUCCAAGGAGUAA